ACGGGGAGGAGCCAAGCUGAUGUGUGAGAGGGGGUUUCGGGUUGCUCCUAGUGGGUGAAAACUGGGUCCUCUGGGGUUGGUUCAUGCGGCGGGGAUUACUUUUGUCUGCAGCGGGCGCGGUGGAAGCGGGAGCGGGGCGUGCUGGAAACCUUAGGGCACACCAAGCGAUGGAGAACGUUUCCUGGAGCGAGGCAGAGAAGUCGACGAAACGAUCUUAGGGGAAGGAGAGGAAACGCAGGGAGUGUCUGCGAAUAGGAGACAGGAAGGGAGGCGGCGGAGCCUGCCUGCUCGCUCUCUCCUUCGCUCUCCUCCCGCCCGCCAAACCAGUCCCCACCCGCCCGCUCCCACGCGGGCACGGUCGCCACCGAGAUAGGAAACUCCUCCUAGGAGACUGGAAGUAAGUUAACGGGGAGAAGUGUAAGUCGAGCGUGCAGCUGAAGAAGAGAUGGCGUCGGGUGGUUUUCCUCAUGGCAAAUCGCCCCGCUCCACGUGGGCGUUUUUCCUGUCGCUCUCCGUCUGCGUUUGCCUGUCUUCCCUCCUCCCGCACUGUUUGGGCGAGAUCCAUAGGGUGAAGAUUGAAAACGAUAAUCGGGCAUUCAUUCAGUUCGAGUCCUUCGGCUUCGACGGCACCGGCGGAUUGAACUUGACGGUGAGGAGGGCCAAGAUCUUUGGCAACAAAAACGUUAUGCCUCCAAAGAGCCAGAUGGCAUUCGCGUUGCUUAAGGCUGAUUCCCCGGCGAUUACGAGGGAGAGGAUGAGAGAAACGCCUACCGACUGUCCGUUGGUUAGCGAGGAGUUCGAGAUUGUUGCACCUUUCGCCGACAUCUUGAAGCUGGCAGGUGCCAAGGGGAAAGGCAACCACACUUUCAAAAUUUUUCACCCCGUCCCUCAACCGAAGGAGUACACUCUCGUCUUCGUGAAUUGUUUUAGUCCUCGCCAAGCCGUUAGCAUGAACGUGAGAAUCGAAUUGUUCAACAAGGAGGGUACGGUUCCCGACUUUCUUCCUGCUGGCAAGACGCAACUGCCUAAGCUGUACUUCAGCUUCUUCGCGCUGUUUGUACUCGCGGGCGUUGCGUGGGUGUACGUCUGUUAUCGUCAUAAGGAGACGACUCACCGAGUGCACAUCUUGAUGGGGGUUCUCGUCUCUCUGAAAGCCAUCACCUUGUUGGCCUUGGCGGCGGAGUAUACGCUUGUGAAACAGACGGGCACGCCUCAUGGGUGGAAUGUGGCCUAUUACAUCUUCAGCUUCCUCCGAGGAGUGAUGCUUUUCACGGUCAUUCUCCUCAUUGGUACGGGAUGGUCUUUCCUGAAGCCGUUCCUGCAAGAUAGGGAUAAGAAGGUGAUUCUCAUUGUCAUUCCUCUUCAAGUAUUUGCCAAUAUCGCGGCGACGAUCGUGGAGGAGUACACACCUGCGGCAAAGGGCUGGUUCACUUGGCGUGACAUCUUUCACCUCAUCGACAUCAUCUGCUGCUGCACAAUUCUCUUGCCCAUCGUUUGGUCCAUCAAGCACCUGAGAGAGGCUUCGAGGACGGACGGCAAGGCGGCACGGAAUAUGAUCAAGCUCUCUCUCUUCAGGCAGUUCUAUGUCAUGGUCGUCAGUUAUAUUUACUUCACUCGCAUCGUCGUCUACCUGCUCAGGAAUACUGUUAGCUAUCAUUACACCUGGGUGUCCGACCUUGCUGACAACGCUGCCACGUUGAUCUUCUACAUUCUCACUGGCUAUAUCUUCCGACCUGUCGAACGCAAUCCCUACUUCGUUCUAGAUGAUGAGGAGGAGGAAGCAGCUGUCCAAAUGGCUCUCAAGGACGACGAAUUCGACCUGUGACUUCGCGCAAAAUCUGGCACGAGAAAUGAAAGGUGAGGAAAUGACCUAAUUAGCUGGCUAGGCGAGAGUUGGCGGAACUCACUGUGCGUGCUUGCGCUGGUGUUGCUCUGUGCGUGUCUGCUCUGUGUGUGUGUGUGUGUUGUGUGUGUGUGAUGUGUGUGUGUGUGCGUGUGUGUGUGUGUGUGUGUGUGAGGGAGGAGGAAGGGUGAAGGGUGAGUCGAAUGAAAUGAAGAGGGGCAGGCGUUUGAAAAGAGGGAGCUAGGCAUUGAAAGAGGGGGCGAAAGAGUCUGAAGGGAAAUGAGAGGGAUGGCCAGGCAGCGAAAAAAAAGAGGGGGUAGAAUCGUCGGAGCCUCCUCUAUCCUUUGCCUUGUCCUUUUAAGUAUGAAUGAUGACGGCUUGGCCCUAGGUCGGUCUCUUCACGUUUCUUCGUCCCCAUGGCUGCCCUUCCUGCAAUCUUUUGAUUUGUUGAGAGAGAAAGGGGUUAUUUUGUGUUGGUAGAACAAGAGCAGAGCGGUGGGGAGGUAUGUUCUGUGCGAAGUUGCCAGAUGCGCAGGAAGGGGUACGGAAGCGGUACCGUUGAGGUGCACACGGGAGGCCAUGGGCGAGAGCGAAGCCGGUUGUUUUGCUUUGCCGUUUGAUUGCAUUGCACGGUUGGUGAUAGUCGACCGGCGAAUGUGAAUCAUGUUGGAGAGGAGGAGACGGAGGGAGCGAGCGCGGGUGGGAGAGAGGGAGGGAGAGAGGGAGGGACGGGUAUUUCUAUGUCAGUGAGAGUGGCGAGCGGUUGAUGAUGGCUGUAUGAUAGAUAGGAAAACUAUGAUGAAGGGGGAUGAAACCAUAACCAAUAUGGCGCACAGCCAACUUGCAUGGUGUUGCUUGAGGUAGGGCGUUUCUUUUUUUUUUUCCCUUCUUUUUGGUUAAUUUUUGGACAAGUGUGAGAGGAAUUAGGCAGGCAGGUGUUUUUGAAAGGCAGAUUGUGGGGUGGUUAACGCUUGUGCCUCUAGCGUGGGGCAGAAUAAUAAAGAGUUGUGGUCGGCUUUUAUUGAAUUGGUCGGUAACUGACUGGUUGGGUCUGUGUGAGAUGUGUCAUCUUCCGGAGGAGGAGGUGCUUUCCUCGACGUUCCUCUCUUUGUCCGAGAACCUGGAGAUUCUGUAAGGACUUAACUGAGCCCAGAUUGCGUGGUGCACCUUGGGGGGGGGAGGGGGGGAGAAGCAGUGGAAGAGGAGCUGAAACCUUUUGUGGUGAUAUGCCUACGCCUCUCUUCGGCGGAACAUGCCUAUUGCUGAGCGGCCGCGGUUCUUGGCUCUCCUUUCUUGUGCGCUUGUAAUCGCUGUUGUACAAAAUCAUUAUCUAUUUUAGGAAAAGGGGAGUUCUAAAGAUUCGGGCUGUGGGUGACGGCAACUGGCCCCGCUCUAGCGAGAUGAUGGUGUGGAGUGCUCCAGAGAGGGAGGGGAGAGAGGGAGGUAUCGGUUUAUUGUUAACCACAGUAAAUGCGUAGCAGCACGACCUGGCACGCGAAUCACAAGGUGUUUGGAUUAAGGCGUGAGAGGGGUGUGGAGUCGGAAAUUUUGAGAAGGGAAGAGAUUUGUAAGUCUUGACGCGUACUACUCUUAUUUCAGCGUAAAUGGAGGAUGGAGGGAGGCAGGAGGAGGAGGAUCGGGGGACAUAGGCGGAAUUUUGGGCUCGGUCUGUGACCCAAUUGCGCGAUUUCACAGCAAUUUGUGUAAGUUUAUUUGAAUGAUGUCGGAAAGAGCACCUUUAGAAGGCAUAAGCUCACGUAUUGCGCUCAGGUUGACAGGGUGUGCUUCCCAAGCGUCAGCGUCGGAUGAGAGGAGUGAGAGGAGGAGGAGGAGGAGGAGGAGGAGGAAGAGGAAGAGGAGGAAGAGGAGGAGAGAUAUGCCAGAUGUGUUCAGGAAGAACUUGAGCGAAGCUGGCUGGUUAAGUAUAUAGCUGGUGAGGACAGCGUUGAUGGGUUUGUCGUUGGUGACAGGCAAAAAGAGCGAUAACGAGCCUGGAUGAUGUUUUAACAGUGGUGUUUGCAUUGUCCGACUAUCUUUCCUCGGCAAGGAGAGAAGAAAGGGGAGGAGGUUAUUGAUUUACAUACGUUGCCUGGAUGCUGCAGGUCGAAAGGGCGACAAGAGAGGAAGCAGUGUUUUGCAAAUAUCUGCCGGUUGAGCAGUUGUUCCUUUUCGUUUUUUUGAUUGCAACUUCUUUUUUUGGCCCUCUUUUUUUCUUAUGACUGUUUCCCUAUGUCGUCUCGAUAAUGCUUCUCUCGGUACGCUGUUCGUCUGCACAUAUAUCUCGUGUACUCUUUUACAAAACGUUGUGAAAUCCUCUCUGUGCUAUGUGGUGGUGCCUUCCUGCGCUGCAUUUUACGGGGAAGUGUAAUACAGCUGUAGUAGGAUGUUAGCGAUGGCUAUGAUGGCCUUCAUCGAAAAUGAAAAGUCGUAGCACCAACCUUCACUUCUGUAAGAGGGGCAUGAUGGCCGUCACGUCGAGCAGGCAUGUGUGUGUAAGGUAGGGUUGGUUUUAGGUUCGGAAGCGCGCCAAGCCGGUUACUAGUGGGGCAUCGUCCCAUUCCUUUUGAAAUAGCAGGCGAUGUCGAGGCCCUUAUGAUCUCUCCCUCUCUCCGGUCCCUCUCGCAAAGACUGUACAGGAUGUC